UGUCUUCUGUCCUACAUGUGUGCGUGUUUACUUUAUUUUUACAGUUACACAGGUUGCCUAACAUAGUUACUUAACGCCAUGGCACUUUCGAAGUACUUAUUCCAGCACUUAGCUUGGAUCACGCAUAGACUAUAAUUCAUUGAGAAAUAUGGUAUACAUUUCCGAAAUUGUCAAUUAGUCUUAAAAAAUUCUGCUGAUUAAAUAAUCAUGGGCGACAUGGCAUGGCCAAUCUAAUAAUUAUUAUAACUUGUUAACUAGUAUUAAUUUUCGCCGUGUCACGGUUUUUUUAAAUUUUUUUUUAUUAGUGUGUCAAUAUCACCAUCAACGUAGUCAGAGUAGUCACACUAGUUUUGUGUAUACUAUUUUCUAGACUACUUUACUGACUCAGGACUUAGUGACUCUCUGACACUACCAUGCAAGGCGAUUACUAUUACUAAUUACUAUUAUUAUUAUUUAUUUAUUAUAUUAUAAUAUACUAGGCGUAGGCCUAUUAUACUGAUACUAGACUAGACUAAGUAUAACUAUAGGCUAUAGGCAUAGGCAAUGUUCCCUCUAAGGUUUGUUGGUUCCUGUGCAAAAUCAUCAAUUUUUUUGCGCGCAAAAUUUUCAGCCUACAGACACAAACUCAAACACACACUCAAGUGGAAAUUAGCUGCUAGGUACCCAAAACUGCUGCGCGGCGUCUGUGAGAUUGCUGCGCAGCCGCGCAGCUUAAAGGGAACAUUUACUAUAGGGUAUUAGUUUAGACUUUUAAAAGUUUAAGCUUACGGUUAAUUUGUUAAUCAUUCACUUUCAAUGCUACCCAUCAUUGUAUCUUAAUCUUCAUUAUCUCUUCUGGUCUGGUGUGUCCUGCUUCCGUUUCCAAUCCGCCGCCCCACCCCCAACUACACAUUUUGUAUUAAUAAUAUUGAUACUGAGUGAAAAAAAGGCUGUCAUGCUUGAUGUGAGAACUGUAGUAAAAAAAGACAUUUCUUAAAGGGAGGUGACUAAUAUUAUUAUAUUAAAUCAAUUUGAAUUAAGAGCCUCGGGUAUGGUGUAAGAAUAUUGUUUAAAUUUAAAGUAGACCUGCACAACUCAAAAUGUAAGGUGGGUUAUAAUACUCUAUGAAAAAUUGUGCAGGCCAAAAGAAAAUAGGACAGGGUGAACACUAUCAAGAAAAUAAUAAUAAAAAAGAAUAUUUUGUUACUUUGUGGGUGCUGGCGGGGCCCAUGUGGCCCGCAGGCCGUAUGUUUGCAGGCCUGGUUUAAAGGAAGGCAGGUAAGGUGUAGGAUUGUCUGUAGGCCUAUUGUUUAAAUUUAAAGGCUGGCACUGGCAGGUAGGGCUGUCUGUUUUUCUAUUAGUAUUAGUCAAUUGUUUAAAGGUCUAUUAUUGUAGAAAAUUAGAAGGUAAGUCAUUUUUUGUAAAACUUACCCUCACCUGGUAUUUUCUCAAAAUACCCGGAUCAUUGUAUAAAAACUGCAUCCGGUUAAACCCUAGUAUCCUAAUAAUUACAAUAUAUAUAAAGACAAUAAAUGAACCCUGACAAUAAUUGCUCAGAUAAAGACAUCAUGUCAUAGAUAUAUAUUAUAGUAAAAUAAAAAAUAUUUCACUAGUAUUCUGAUGUGGUAGUUUUAAAUUUAAAUAUGUCUAUUCUGUCUAAUCAAUAUGUUCUCUGAUGGAUUCCUCAUCAACAUUUGUCAUAUGGGCAUGGCAUACAAAUACAAUACUCUUGAAAAUGCAAUGUGCUUUAUUAGUUAGAUUUAAAGAUUUCUUACUUAUUUUAAUUUGUUACGAAAGGCAGAAAUGUUUCUAAUUUCCUAAGAGUCACUUGAAAUGUCUCUCUAAACAUGAUUUGCUUUAAAAUUGUUGGGCCUAAGCAUUUUUUGAAUGAUCUUCACACUUGCUAGUUUCAUAAAUAUUUCAUCUAUAGCUUUACUUUUUUAAGACCUGAUUAAUUUUGCUACAUGGUAACUACAUUCUUAAACUUUCAUCUACUUAAGAUUUAAAAUUCACUUGUAAUUAUUUUGACCUGUUUGGCGCAAUUUUUCUUUUGUAGAUGGUGAAAUAGUUUUUUGGAAUCAUGUGACUAUUGAUGAAUCUUUGUUGGAAAGAUUCACCAAUAGAUUGAAAUAGGGAUUACAAACUUAAAGAAUAUUUUAGUUCUGGUAGGGUAUGUUGCUGAAUCCAUUUACUGGCAUAUGUGCAACGGUUGGGGAAGCGAUGCUGCUGUCCUAACAGCUCCUAGCGAAUUCCAGGGCAGCCUUGAAGCUCUAGAUUGAUGUCUUUGAGGGUGGGGAUGUCAAAUCUUUUUAAAAGGCCAGUGACAAAUUGUCUUGUUGAGGGAGUACAUAUAGGUUGAUGGUUUUUUUUUCUUGAGAUGCUCAUUGUGUAGCAUUUGGUUUAGUUAAAUUUCAUGCCCCAUUAGUCCGCCCAAUUCAUAACGCACUUCAAAUCUGCUUAGAAGUAGUUGUGGACAUCGUAGCCGUUUAUCUCUCUGUAGACAACACAGUCAUCUGCAAACAGCCUCACUUGGGAUUUUACAGUAUCAAGGAGGUCGUUGUGUUAGGAAUGUUGAGAGCCAGGAGUAGAGGUUGCCGGUAAUGCUGUAGUGAUGGAGCUUCUGUAGAAGAAGGCUGUGUGUAACAGUGUCGAAUGUCUUAGAGUAGUUGAGAAUUGCCAUGUCGACCUGGUUACCUUUGUCAUAGGAGGCAAGGAGGUCAUUGGUGGUGAUGAUUAAUUGAGUUUCUGUUGAGAAUCCAGAGCGGAAACCGUGGUUUAGGUUGGUCAAAAUGUUGUAGUGUUCAAGGUAGUUCAUAAUGUGGCAACAGAUGAUGUGUUCUAGAAUUUUACAUGGGACGGAGGUCAGGGAUAUUGGGCGGUAGUUUGGUAGGUUAUGACGGUCACCUUUCUUGUAGGCACUGGUGAUAUUUGCAUCAAGCCAGUCUGGCGGGAGUUUGCCAGAGUCAAGCAACUUUUUGAAAAUGCGGUUGAUGGUUGGGGCAAUGUUGUCAGCCAGGGUCUUCAGGGCAAUGUUCGGGAUACAGUCAGGUCCGGGCGUUUAAUUGGGCUUCAGGUUUUUGAUAAGUUUGGCUACUUCUGGUUCAGUUAUGUUGAGGGGGCCUAUUGUAUCAGGUGAAGGUAUUAGGGAUGGUAUGAUUGUGGUGGAAAUUUUGGUGAAGACAGAUUGAAAAUGCGUUAGGAGAAUUUCUGCUUUGCAUUGGCUAUCGCUUACAAGUUGCCCGCUUUCUAGUAGGGGGUAACAAAACAUAUUUACCAUUCCUUUGUAACACUAAACUUAAUACAUCUUUUUAUAUUUGAAUGCAUUUUCACUUAAUAAAACGUGUAUGAUCUUCUUUAUUUCUAUACAAAUUUCUCACCUAUUUUAUUUAUCUUGAAACAUUCAAUGAAACAGCUCAAUCUACCUUAAAAAAUAAAAAUAAAUAUGAGAGAAUCAUAAUUUACCACUUUACAUACAUUUUGCGGAUUAGCUGGUGCUAAAUUAUGGUUCUUAUUAUUGGAAAUUAGAUUUUGAAUAAUUUGCCAAAGUUUAAAUUUUUGCAUUGAUGAAUCAUUUACAAAUAUUUGGUUUUUAUUUAAUAGGUAUUAUCUCAACAUUUGACCAUAAUUAUAUUAUUAUAUAAUUAUAAUUAUGUUACUUAAGAAUGAUAAAAGUCCCCUUGGCUCUAUCACUAACUGUCUUAGAUUUUCACUCAUAUAAAAUCCACUUCUAUGCUCAGCAUAGGAUGGCCACUAACUUAAAAAAUGUUACAGACUUUUCAUUAAAAAUUAAAUAGUUUUCAUACUAUUUAACAAUUGAAUAAAUUUAAAGUCCCAUGACUUUAAACUGUACAAGUUGGAUUUCAUAAUUGAAGAAGAAUAAAAAAAUCACCUAACAUCUGUACCUUUGAGAUAUUUAAAUAAUUUGUUGAAAUGUUAAGUAUAACCAUUCAAAAAACUAUUUUAGUGCUCUAAUGGAUAGUAAAACAAAUUUAAAAAUCCAAGUAAUUCAGCUAGUAAAUUAUCAAUUAUUAUUUUUUCUUUUCCACAUUCUUUUUGUAACAAAAUUUUACAUUUUUAGCAAUGAUGACCUGAGAUACCAAAGAAAGCGACAACAACUCAUCAUGUCUAAAGAUGGUGAUGGUGCACAUUGUCUCCAAUAUUCAGGCCUUUCAAUAACUCCAACCCAACAAAUGUUGUCAUCAUGCACUGGUGCAUUACUUACUUCCCUUUUAAGUAAGUAAUUUCACUGAGGUUAAAGAAAGAUGUGGGAAAAAAAAGUUAUAGGUAUUAUAGCAAUAGAAAUUAAUAUGUGAUUAUAUUCUAUAUGAGUAGGGGCAACUAAGUAGACUUUCAGGAGCCACACAAAGGAUAUACUUUUGCACAUCUGUGCUGGCCACAAAAUGGAUUCUUCAUUUAGUUACCCAUGUCUACUUAAAAGGCUUGAUAUUACAUUGUUAGUCUUUCUUGUGACAUUAGCAGAUCAGUUUAGGAGUUAAAUUGGUUUUGUUGAAAAUUCUGUUGUUGCAAGCCAGGUUUGUCACUUUGGAUCAUUUAAGUUGUCUUUGGUUAUUUUUUUUAGAUGCUGAUUUGACAUGGAGAGAAAAAUCUUGAGCGAAAACUAUGUUAGUGAUGUUUUCACCUUUUUGUAUUAUAAUAGAUUUUAUGGAAUGAACACAUUAAAAACCAUUCUAUUUUGAUAUUUAUUUAGUGACUCCAUUUGAUGUUGUGAAAAUCCGCCUGCAGUCUCAAGCCAAACCUUCUAAUUUCACCAAAGGUCACUGCUUUGUUUACUGCAAUGGUUUGAUGGAUCACUUGUGUCCUUGUGUGAAUGGUUUGACUCCUUCGUCUGAAUGGUACAAGAGGCCAAGCCAUUUUAAUGGGACCUUUGUAAGUUUAUCUUAUUUUACCUCUUGUCAAGGUGAUACAUUUAGCUCUGAUAUUUAAUGUCAUUUUUACCUUGAGAUUAGAGAAGUAAAAGUUUUGAAGUUCCAAUAAAAAUAUUCACCAUGUCCCAUUUCAGGAAAGGGACAUUAGUGUUUAUUAUGUAUAUUUUUCAACUUCUCGAGCUAGUAAUAGCAGGGUCAAUGUUGUCCAUUGUUGUCCUCACAUUGGGUAAAUACCUGAGUGGGAUAGACAUUUGCCAAGUAAACCCUGAUUAAAAUACAUCAGCUAUAAUAAUUGGAAGACAGCAGGUAACUGGUGUGGGAUAAAAUACAGGCUGUUUGAUUUAAAAAAAACAAAAAAACUUAUAUUAAAAAGUUGUAUUCAAAACAUUUAGGUUAGGACUACAGAAAUUAAUCCAGAAUAAAAAAAAAUAUACAUUACAUGCCUUUAUCAACAGAAUGUUAUACUUGAUAAAAAAAAAAUUUCAGUUUGUGUUAUUACUUUUACUUAAUGACUGGGUCGCUGAGCGGUCUAAACUGAAUCAAUUCCAAACUUACUGGACUUGAGCUCUCAAUUCCCAGAAAAUGCUUAGUCAAGCAAAAAAUUCACCAGCACACACACACACACACCCCCUCCCCCCAACCCCCUGUGGAUGACGAUUCUAAGAGAAGGCAAACUCUGAAAUCAAACCCAGGAGAUGGAUUCCCUUCAGCAUUAUGACAAUGAAAUUCACAACAAAAUAAGCUCAAGGUGAAGCCUUGGUCAACUUUGCGUUUGAAGGACGAACUAUGGAGUUAUUGAGAUAUUGUUACUUUCUCUUUGUUUAUGAUAUUCUGACAAAUAUUGUCCUCAAAUGUUCUAUCCAAUUCUUCCAUUCAUUGGUUCAGGAUGCCAUGAUUAAGAUAGCCAGAAAUGAAGGAGUUACUUCCCUUUGGAGCGGCCUUCCCCCUACCUUGUAAGCUCCGUCUCUUUAAACUAUUAAAAACAAUUGAUUUUAGGACAAGCAUCUUUUUUGAAGAAAGGCAAUAUCCAUUUUCUAAUAAUAAUUUUUGGGCUACUAAUUUUUUUGUCAGAGUUAAAUUUCCAUAAUACAAAAAUAAUAGUGGCGAAAGAAAAUGCUAAAAAUCUUCAUAUAUAUGAAUCUAAUAUUACUUGAAAAAGGAAUUGAAUAAAAAUUGUAAUAUUGCUCAAGAAAAGAGAGUCUUUAUUAUUAUCCAAGUUUCCAAGUUCUUUAAUUACUCUCUUUAGUAUGAAAUAAAAACAUUAUUACUUCAAAAUGUUAAAAGAUUCAACCAUAAAUGAGGUCAUGCAUCUAUCUAUAUGGCUGGAGGAGGGGGGGGGUGUCGUAGUGUCACAUAUUUGUGAGGAUGUGUGAAGAUAAUGUCUUGUUUUCUUUGAUGGUUUGUAAAAAAAAAUAAUUCAGGCAAAACGGUAAAUCAUUUAUAGAUGACCCUAACAUAACAAAAGUGUUAGACAAGCCUCCAUAACUCCUAAUUUUGUUUCUAGGGCAGUUGAAAUUGUAUUUUUAAAAGCCUAAUGGAAAUAUGAAAUGAUCUUAGCUGUUAUAUCAGCACUCUGUAUGUACUUACUUAAGAUCAAUUCAUAACUUCGACAGAAUUACCAUAUAAAUAAAAAAAAAACAUUAAGCAGUGUUCAUAUUUUUCACAUGUUUUCAGAGUUAUGGCUAUACCAGCCACAGUUGUUUACUUCACUAGCUAUGAGCAGUUGAAGGCUGUAUUAAACUACCAUGAGGGCAUUAACAGCGAUAGAUGGAAACCAAUGGUUGCUGGGGCUAUGGCAAGAGGUAGGUUGUAAAGUACUCCAUGAUAAAGGGUCCAUUGAAGUUUAAAAAACUUGAAGAUUUAAUUGCAUCUACAACAGUAAUCAUUGAUUGAUUUAUUGAAGCCAUUAAUGUUCUUUUAAAAUAUGAAAAUCUCACUAACUAUGAAGCUAAUUUUUUACUCCAUCUAAAUGUCUAUGUUUACCCAGAAAUUCAAAUAUUAUUCCCAGCUACUGUUCUUCCUUCCAAAUAAAUUGUCAUUGAAAACAAAAUGCUAUUGCAGAGAACCAUAGUUUAUAAAAUAUUUGACAAUUUUUGUCUGUUGUAUCAAUUUCAGUUUGGGCAGCAUCACUGAUUAGUCCAGUGGAAAUGAUACGCACCAAAAUACAGUCCAAACAUUUCACCUACACUCAAGUUUGGAAGGCAGUAGUCGACACAGUAAGAAACAAUGGCGUUCUCUCAAUGUGGAGAGGUUUGGGUCCAACGUUACUGAGAGAUGUUCCGUUUUCGGGUAGGUGACUUUGUAGUAAUUUCAGUUUAUUUGAAAAUGUCAGUUUUAAGCAUCAUUUUUUAUUUAUCCAUUGAUAAAACAUAUCAUUUAUUUAUAUUUUGAAAAAUCAACUGCUGGCAGAUGUUAUAAAGGAUUGGCUAAUUUCAACUUUAAAGUUUUGUUUUAUUUUGUAAUGUAAGUGAGGUAUUUGGUUAUAUGCCAACAUGUACGGUUUACGCGUACUUUGUACAGUUUUUAUGCUUUCGUGGAGCUCUAAGGCUUUUGUAAAAAAUUUUCACUCAAUUUGCAAAAUACAUAUUUUUGCACAAGACAUAUGUUCAAUCAAAUCUGGUGGUGCAAUAAAUUGAAAGUUGGAAAAAAAGAAGCUUAACUCUAUUUCUCCAUUCUUAAUGACCAGGUUGAGGAUCAGUAGGCCAUCAAAAUUUAGAAACAGUGUAGUUUCAUUGAUAUCAUUCAGUAAUACUAAAAGACAGUUUCUUAAUACUAAGAGAGUGUAGUGUGGUAGUAACUACAAUCUGUUUUUGUAAUUCCUAAUAAGAUCUGCAAUGUUAGUAAGUAUUAUUUUAAUUUAUUUUAAAUAAUUAAAUAUAUUUAGUUUUUAGUUAGUCAUUAUUCCUAUUUAUUGUAAUGUCAUGGCUUAAGCCCUUUGGUAUGGUGACAAAUAAGGUUAUAAACUAAAGGUAAACUCAACAACUGUGUCAAGAUGGAUGAACUUUAUUUUACUUCGUUAAUUUAAAUGCAGGAAUCUGUAUCACUACAGCUAGCCCAAUUAAAAGAAUAAUUGUCUGAUUACAUCUAAGUUGCUAUCAAAUAAUAAUAACAUUUCUAGUGACCAGUGUAAAAAGAAACCCCGAACACAAGUUAUUUUUAUUUAAAAGAUGCCAUAUCCAUUUAUGAAUGUUGUAAAACAUGCUUAAAUUUGCAUACAUUCAAAAUUGAUCAAAGUAAUGAAAAAGUUAUUAAUUAUAAUUUUUUAAAAACUUUUCAUUUUGUAUAUUUAAAUUUUUUUAUAGCCUUGUACAGUUUGUGGGGAGGUUUUGUACAUUUUUUUUUUUAUCCCACAGGUUGACAUGCAUAGAUGUUUGCCAUUUAAAAAUAAAACAAUGUGACUUGAAUGUGAAAAUUAAGAUAAAACAGAGCUCAUUACACAAUAAUAAAUUUUAAAAUUUAAUUUUUAUUUUAUACAGCUAUAUAUUGGACCAGUUAUGAGGCAAUGAAGGCACAGAUUCUGGACUCAUGCAAUCGGCCAUCUUUGACCUUUUUGGAGACAUUUACAGCUGGUGCUACUUCAGGCUCUGUAAUUUUUUUCUCUCCUCUAUUUAAUGAUUAUUCUGAGAGAUAGGACUUUUUUUUUUUUUUGCCUGACUUCUGGCAAUCCUUUAACAUGAAUGAUAAUAUUUAUAAAAUAAAUUUUUAUUAAUUUUUUUUUUACUGGCUUUGUUUUGAGACUGAUGAGACAGUAAUUUUGACAGAGGUGUGAUUAUAUUUGUUUUUUUUUUUUAUUUUUUUUAUACUUCAGGCUCUGUAAUUUUUUUCUCUCCUCUAUUUAAUGAUUAUUCUGAGAGGUAGGACUUUUUUUUUUUUUUUGCCUGACUUCUGGCAAUCCUUUAACAUGAAUGACAAUAUUUAUAAAAUAAAUUUUUAUUAAUUUUUUGUUUACUGGCUUUGUUAUGAGACUGAUGAGACAGUAAUUUUGACAGAGGUGUUAUUAUAUUUGUUUUUGUAUUUUAUUUUUCUUAUCCAGAUUGCUGCUGUUGUGACUCUACCAUUUGAUGUAAUCAAAACAAGGCGGCAGAUUGAACUUGGGGAGACAGAGUUUGCAGGUUAGUGCUUGUAAUUGACCACAUUUUAAAAAGUAUCCAACUGCGCCAUCUCCAGCCAAAAGCUUAUUUUAACACACGAACUGUGGUCGGCCGAAAAAAUCAGGACAUUCUUGUUCUGUACUGUGGUGGCUGAAAAAAUCUGCCCAUAAAAAACACGGUCCGAUAGUAAUUUCCAAUCCAAUAUUUAACAAGAAUUUUAGCCACUUCCUUUUAUUAAUAAUUAAAUCAUCUUCUUGUUCAAACUGUUUCGUGAUAACUUGAAAAUAAAUACUUUUCAAUCAGAGUUUUAUAUAGUGCAAGAACUAAUAGAAAUAUGUUUGAAAGCUUUUUAGGAGAGGUUUUAAGUGAUACUGAUGAUGAUUUUAACGUUCCCCAUGAUGAUAUUAGUUGAGAUUAUUCUUCUUGUGAAUUUUAUACUAGUCUCAGUGAUACUGAAGUAGGCCUACUGAGGCUACUGUUUGACUUCGAACCAGGUCCGGAGGUUGGGCAAGGCCUGACUGAAUUUUAGUCACAGAAGCUACCGAUUAUAGUUCAGAACUAAUACAUUUUAUAGUUAAACAGCCCAAAUCAGUUCCACAGUUCCUUUUUAAAUGUUUCCUAGUCAAUAAUAACUAUUUUGCCUGAGAUUUUGUAUUUUGUACUUGGUUUCAGCAGUGGUCCCAGUUUCUUAUAUAAAUGACCUAAAAUUAUUAAAAUUGCUUUCAGAGGUUUAAUUACAAUCAAAACCUUAGCAGACUAUACAUUUUCUGUAAGAUAAAUGAAUUUCUAUAUAACAUUUAGAUUCCUGUUUUAAGUGUAUCUAUAAAAAUUAAUGAUGUUAUGAGCCCUUGAAAGCAAGACAUUUUGUCGAAUUUUAUUUCUUGAGAACUCCAAGGUCAAGGACACUGAGCAAAAUUUUUUACCGGGUGGGCAAUAUGGCCAACUUUUUAUCCCCAGCCAUUUACCUUUCUAAAAAAUAUAAACUUAUAAGGGUCUUGUAUCAAUAUUUCUAUGUCAUUUAAUGCAAUUUCAAAUGGCACUCAAAGCGCUCUAAAAAAUUCCACACCACAGAAUGAUGCAUGCCACAGUUCGUGGGUUAAAAACAAAGGCACGACAGCGGGUAUAAUAUUUCAGAAUAAUAGUACUUCAUUUCUUAAAAGCUUUGAUUCAUCCAAUGUUUGUAAACAUGAAAUAAAUGUUAAAAAGUGGGGAAGGAGGCCAAUAGCUAUAAAUUAAGAUAAUGGCAACAUUAAACGAGUUCUGAAAAAAUGUUGAGUUUGUUUAUAUAUGCUGACAACUUUAUAAAAACUGUUGCCAAUUAUUAUCAUUUAGAGACUGGCAGUCUCUUUUUUUUAAUGGAAAAGACAGUCAUAUUUUAUAAAGUAGAUUUUGAUUUUUUAUGAAAUACAUUCUUUGAAACUUAGAAUUUCAGUCAAUUGUUAGCAAAGUAAACAUCAAUGGAAAGAAAAAUGUAUGAAAAUUUAAACUUAUUUUAUUUAACCCUUCUGGCACUGACCUACUUUUUUUGCUAUGUUUAGCCUCAGUACCAGAUAUUAUUUUGCUAAUUAUUCCCAGUGGCCCCAGACAUUUUUUUGGAAUGAGCCAAAUUUGAUAGGUUUGCAAAUUAUUUUGUAACUUUUUUGUUUUAAACAAUUGAUCAUAAAUAACAUGUAGAGAAUUAUCUGUUCAGAAAUGGAUAAGGGUGUUAAAAAUCCUUUUCAGUUUUGUUCAAACUUUUCAUUAGCAAUUGCACACUAGGGGAUUGUGUGGCUUACUGAAUCAAUAUGUACGUUGACACUAGUCUAAAACCUGCCUACAAGCUUCCUUAGGCGUAAAUUUUGAGCUAUAGUAAUAGUAGUCCUAUUUCCUUCAACAGUUUCAUUCCCUUCGUCAGCAUCAGAAUCAUCUAAUCCUAAUUAAAGCUCAAUAAUAGUUUCAGAACAAAAGGUUUCAUCAAGUGGGCGUAUGUCGCCAUCAACAAUAGCGCUAGCUGGCGCCAUGGAAAAAACAAAUACAGAUCUGCUAAAAAAACUCAGUAAUUGGUUGAUUUUCAUAUUUUAAAAGGCAAAAUAAAAUUCGGCUAUUCCCCUAACGAAUAAACAUUCUGUCCAAGAAUAUGGUGAAAGGCUAUAUCCUCGUUUUUGUGUUUAUAUUAGAUACCCCUCUAUGUGGCAAAUAGACGCGCUUGGGCAAGAGGGGACAUAACGGCAAGUGAAAAAAGAGGGACUUGGGCCACAUGGAAAAAAGUAGUUCACUGCAAAAAGACGCACCUGGUACUGUAAGGGUUAAUAUUAAAUAAUAUUAAUAAUAUUAAUAUAAAGUAAUAUUACCUGUUUCAGGUAAAAAUAAAGGGCCAACCUCUACCUGGAGAAUUAUACAUAAGAUCUAUGUAGCAGAGGGAUUUAAGGCUUUAUAUACAGGUAAGAUUGGGAUAAAAUUUUGUAAACUUUGAAAUGUAUGUGCAGAAAUUAAGAUGGCACGCAGAAUGAAAGCAAUAUUCUUUUUAGACAAAUCAGCUACAGUUCAUGUUUUCAAUUAUUUCAUUUGGUCAUAAGCUGUAAAGAUAUUUUUUUUCCAUUAUUAAUUUGUAAAACGUUAUAGUUAUAAUAGAAAAUUUAUAUUUUUCUUUUAAAUUAAAAUCUUAAAACUAAUAAUUUAAAAGAAUAUAAUUUUGUUUGAAGUGAUAAUUUCAUAAAGUACAUUUAUAUGACUUAAAAUAUUUAUUUAAAAAUGCUUGAAAUACAUGUGCCAAAAUUACACUAUGGGGAUAGAUUAUUUUUCUAAUAAUAAUAACCAAAUUUUUACAUAUUUACUCUUAAUAAUUAAUAAUUCAUUUGUCUUGAUAAGGGCUGCUCCCUAGACUAUUGAAAGUUGCCCCCAGCUGUGCUAUCAUGAUCAGCACCUAUGAGACAUUCAAGUAUUUCUUCUUCAACCGGAACAAGAAACUGGCUGAAGCUUUAGAGGUCUCUGAAGAGCAAAGUAUCCAGAAAGAUUUUUCACCCGCUACCUUCGAACUUCCAGUUUCAUAUUUACUGUCUUCAAAUCCAUCUGAUCAGUCAAUAAAGCUUCCUCUUCCGGUAAUAUCUGUGUUAGAGCUGCCUGAAAAUGAACAAUGUACAACACCACUACAACACAAAACAUGAAAGAAUCCUCAACACAAAACAUGAAAGAGUUAUUUACUGUUCAGUAGUGUAGGAUGAUGAAACGUGCAAAUAUAAACCCGGGCUAUGCUGGUACUAAUUGGAACUGCUACCAAAUGGUGUUGAUAAGAACACAGUGUGAAUCGUUAUUAUUUUCUUCUCAUCAAUGUAACACGGCGCACUCUAUUUAUCCAUCUAAAGCAUACCGGAAGGAGUCACACAAGGCAACUUCCCAGAUGUUAUUUUGAUUUCACUCCCUUACCAGUUGUGGAGAGAAUCUAAUAAAAGAAUCAUUUCCUUGUCUCUUAUUUCUGUGUUCAUGGAUUGAGGUGGUAUGACAUGUUGAGGCAUUAUAGUUAGAAGCAUGGUUUUUAUUUGUGUUAUAAAUUAUGUUGGUUUAUUUUUGAUAGUUUUUAACUCUCCCCCCC